AUGACAUCUGAACAAAUAUUCGUUUGCAUGAGUUGCUUAUAUCGAUCACCUAUAAGCUCAAAUAUAUUAUAUAUCCUUAUUAUAGAAAUGUUCGAAGUAAGAAUCCAUGAAGAUGCGACACCUGGCUCUAAAAUGACAAUGAACGAGGAACUAGAAAAGCAAGUGAUGAGCUUUCGUGAUUGCUUUGGUCAAGUGGAAACAAAUGUGUCGUGGAUAGAUUUCGAUCCUCAAAAAUAUAUAUUUCAAACUCGAGCCAGUGUAAAGAAAAGUAUUCAUGGCAUUGAUAAAGGAACACUUCAUUUGUUUUGUGCAGCAAACAAAAUUUAUACAUUCAAUUUUCAGAUUCAUAUCACCAGGAAAAACCGGCAUGCACCCAUAUUUUCACGUUUGGCUUACCGUUUUUAUGUUCCAGUGACUUUCGAGCUCCAAACGAGUUUUGGUACUGUAGAAGUAUUCGACCAUGACCCCAUAAUAUAUAAUUCACAGAUACGAAUGUCAGUGAUUGCUAAGCAACAAAAGCCAAUAGCUGAACUUCAUGAAAAUGGUGCCUUAAUAUUACUCAGUGAUCUUUCAAACAGACAGCCGUACUUGCCUAUAGAUCUAAAAUUAAUAGCGAACGAUUUCGGAUCACCUCAGUUAUUCUCCGUAGCAAACCUUACUAUCAUUCCAGUUACCGUAUCAGAAGUAGAUCAAUUAUCGAUAAAUGUGGCCGAUGUUCAGUUUCAAAUAUUCGAAUGGCGAAAACCGAAAUAUGGAGUUGCAAAGGAAUUUAGAUUGGUCGUUAAAAGAAAUGGAAUGAUGAUGUACGAAAAAAGAGUUGAUGGCAAUGCAAAUAUGGAUUUAAGCAAGGUUUUUCAAUUAAUUUUUAAUACCAUUAAUGUUAGGAUAAAAUAUGUGAAAUGUGUGGGCGAAUGCGCUGGUAAUGGAAAACCAAUAUGUUAUCGUGGUGAAUAUCAUACGAUGUAUCAGUAUCGAGACCACGAGGGACUCCACUGCAUUUGCUAUCAAGGAUAUUCAGGAAAUAUGUGCCAAAAUGAAGAGCAAUGUGAACAUGAAACGAGUUUUGAAACAUUCGGUAAAAUUGAGUGGUAUCCAAUCGUCGUCAAUAGAACCGCGCAUGUGCCAUGCCCCUUUGGACAUGAAGGUGAAGUAGUACAACGAAAUUGUAUUUGGGAUAACUUUCUCAAUAAAGCUAUCUGGGAAUCUAUUGGUGGUGAUCAAACUUGUCGUAAACAAAGUUCUCUACUAAUUCAUUUGGGUGUAAUAUCGAAUUAUGCGGAAACUUCGAAAUCCAUAUCAGCAAUCGAAACUAUUCAUCGAUUCAUUAAAUCCCUUCUAAGAUUACCAAUAUUUUUGACAAACGUCACAAGCGUACCAUACGAUACAAGAAUCGCUGAAUAUGUUAUACAAAUUUUAGAUAUGACAUUAUCAUUGGAUAUUGAUAAAACAACGGGAAAUAUUACUGAUAUACAGAACAAAAUAUCAUCGCUUAUAAUGGAUUUCUCAAAAACUUUACCUUGUCCUUAUACGCUGACAUCCUCAGAUCAAGGAAUAGUAAUGAAAUAUAUGGAUUGGAUUGGCAAUUCCGAAACUUUCCCAUUACUCCUUUCUAAUAUGUGCGCCAUAAAACUGCCUAUUUCAUUGAAAUCUACGCGGAUCCGUAUUAUUUGCAUGAAAAAUUUCUUCUUAAAUCCUAUUUUACAUAAAGAAAAUCCAGUUUUAUCAAUUGAACUUGACGAUGAAAUUUCACAUGGAUUUAUCCGAAUCGAACUGCGACCUUAUACAAGUGCAAUUAACUUUACCUGUGUAAGCUUUCACCCUAAAGAUAAUGGCACCACUUCUGAACGGUUUCACCUUCUUUAUAUUUUUUCAGAAAAUGUAUGGACAACAUCAGGUGUCCAGCUAAUUUCUUCAAACUUCAAUGGAAUGGUUGUUUGCAAAGUUGAUCACUUAAGUUUAUUUUCUUUACUUCCUGUAAGGCUGAUUUUAAAAUUUACUGAAAUAAUAUAUUAA